AGACAAACCACACGCGCUACUGUGUAAACUCUUUGUAAACAUAAAAAUGGAAUGUGUUAGUUGUGCGACUGCAACAAACAAAUACAAAUGCAGCAAAUGCUUAGCACCCUACUGUUCAGUUAAUUGCUACAAAGCACACAAAGAAUCGCCAGAAUGUGCGGAGAGGACAGCAGCCAUACAGGCUACGCAGAAGCCUAAAAAUAACGAGGAAGAGGAGCCCACAAUAUAUCCACCUUUUAGCACAGACGAUACUGUACCCAAGAAUCUACUAGAGAAACUAGAACAUUCGGAACCAUUGCGACAGCUGCUACGUAAUCCUCAUUUGUGUGCUUUACUCAAAGAAAUCGAUGUGGCGCAUAAUGCAAAUCUUGCCAUGACAGCUGCCAUGCAGGAACCGCUCUUCGUGGAAUUCGCCAAUGCCUGUUUAGAGGUGGUAGAACCCAUGACAGAGGCAGAAAAAGAAGACCUAAGAUUAUGCAGCUAGUAUCUAAAUAUUUGCUCGAAAUUAAUGAUUAU